ACCAUCGCCACCCGUCAGUCCGUCACCCCUCGCGCCCAUAGUCCCCUUCCCCAUACCAUGUCCGACCUCCACCCGCCGGAGCACCAAGUCGCCGGCCACCGCGCCUCCGCCAGCAAGCUGGGCCCGCUCAUCGACGGCUCCGGCCUCUUCUACAAGCCGCUCCAGGCCGGCGACCGUGGGGAGCACGAGGUCGCCUUCUAUGAGGCGUUCUCCGCCCACGCCGCCGUCCCGGCCCGCAUCCGAGACACCUUCUUCCCCCGGUUCCACGGCACGCGACUCCUCCCCACCGAGGCGCAGCCCGGGGAGCCGCAUCCUCACCUCGUCCUCGACGACCUCCUCGCGGGGUUUCAGGCGCCCUGCGUCGCAGACAUCAAGAUCGGCGCCAUCACGUGGCCACCGAGUUCGCCGGAGCCCUACAUCGCCAAGUGCCUCGCCAAGGACCGCGGGACCACGAGCGUUCUGCUCGGAUUCCGCGUCUCCGGCGUCCGAGUCGUCGGCCCCGAGGGCGCCGUGUGGCGGACGGAGCGCCCGGAGGUGAAGGCCAUGGACACCGCCGGCGUCCGCCGCGUGCUCCGGCGCUACGUGUCAUCCGUUGCCGACGAGGGGAUGGACUGUGCGCUCGCCGCGGCGGUGUACGGAGGAAAAGGUGGAGUCUUGUCACAGCUGCGCGAGCUCAAGGCGUGGUUCGAGGAGCAGACUCUGUUCCACUUCUACUCGGCGUCGAUUCUUCUGGGCUAUGAUGCUGCUGCAGUCGCAGCAGGCGGAGAUGGGGGUGGGGUGACGGUGAAGCUGGUGGACUUUGCCCAUGUGGCCGAGGGUGAUGGGGUGAUUGACCACAACUUCCUGGGCGGGCUCUGCUCGCUGAUCAAGUUCGUUUCUGACAUUGUUCCGGAGACUCCUCAUACGCAGCCUUUGGGUCCUUCUUAAGAGAGGAUCCUGGCAUUUCGAUUUGAUAACAAAGCCCUACAAGUUUUGUCUGGAAAAAGAAGCGCCUCCGAGUUGUGCUGGGUGUGGAGAUCUGAGACGGUCGUCGGCCCACUUGGUUGCCUUGCCUUUGCCUUGCCUGCAAACAUACGGCAACCUGCUCCUUUUUUCGCAACCCCUUACUUCCGAAGAAACUUUUUUUUUCCCACUUUGGGGGUUCGAUUACGUUGGAUCUGGUUUGUGCCACUCGGUCAGAGGUUGUAAGCAUGGAGGGAGGCGUGUUGAUCCGGCAACUG